CUUCCUUUUCUAGCCAACUUGGCUGAAGUCUACCCAGGACUACACCGACGGACUUUAUUAAAGUUUCUGCCGCGGUGCCCCCCCAGGUCCUGACAUGGCCCCCAGCACGCAGCUGAAGGAGGCGAUAGCCGAUGUGCAGGACGGCAUUCGUGCCAUCCUUCUUGGACCUCCUGGAGCUGGGAAGGGGACUCAGGCCCCUCGGCUAGCAGAUAAAUACUGCGUUUGCCACCUGGCGACUGGAGACAUGCUGAGGGCCAUGGUGGCUUCAGGCUCCGAGCUCGGCAAGAGGCUGAAGGAGACGAUGGAUUCUGGCAAACUGGUCAGUGAUGAGAUGGUCGUGGAGCUCAUAGACAAGAACCUUGAGUCGCCGGCCUGCAGGAACGGAUUCCUGUUGGAUGGAUUCCCCCGAACGGUCAAACAAGCAGAGAUGCUGGAAACACUUCACGCAAGACGAGCUGAACGUCCUUGUCCUGUGCUCUGCUUCCGCUCACCAUCUUCCCUCUGUUUCCCCAGACUAAUUCAUCAGCCGAGCGGCCGCUCCUACCACGAGGAGUUCAACCCCCCCAAAGAGCCCAUGAAGGAUGACGUGACGGGUGAGCCACUGAUCCGCCGCAGCGAUGACAACGAGAACACCCUGCGCUCGCGCCUGGAAGCCUACCACCGGCAGACGUCCCCUCUGGUGCAGUACUACAGCGCCAGGGGUCUGCACACGGCCGUCGACGCUGCCCAGAACCCAAACGUCGUCUUCGCCUCCAUCGUAGCCGCGUUCUCUGCCGCCACGGAAAUGCCCGCUCGUGCCACAGCCUGUAAAGACCAAGUGUUCUUCAUUUAAAGUUUUCCUUCUCUGCCGCAUUGCCCUUCACCUGACUGUUUUCAUGUUUUUGUUUUGUUUUCUUUUUCCCCCCCGCGUGGUGGAGAUUAUACAAGAGUGGAUCGAGUGUCAGAGUGGCAACAAAAUGUAACUUUGUGAAGUGUAAACGGGGAAGAUGGAGACUCGGUGUGCCGUCACGGCUCAAGAAAUUCAGCAGCAAUGCAUCAUCAAUGUUACAGGAACAGAGCGGAUGUAGAAUCGUUUUUGUUACUCUUCAUCACAGAAGAAGCCAAAAUAGAGCUCAUCGAUUAGCACCACACUGCUGCUUUUCACCGUAGAGAUGUGAGAAGGUUUUGACUUUUAAGCAGUGCAGAUGCACGUUUGUAUAGAUGCUCCUCACCAGAGCGCAUUUUGAAAAUAUUGACAUUUGUUGCAUAUUGUUUGCCUUUGCUGGACAGGUUUGCUCUUGUUUAAUCAAUGGCUUUGCCCUUUUUUUCCUUCACCUUUUCUCCUAAUGUUAGAUUAGAUCUUCUGUUUUUCCAAACCAGCUGUACUUGCUGCUCCUUCUUGUCCCUGAAUGCAUCUGAAGUGUGUCAUAGUAUGAAUUAUAUUCUGAUGUUAGAGGUCUGCAGACUGAACCUCUGCAGCAGGGUGCAGAGGCACAGUAAUGUUUGUGGCAACAGCCUCAGGUGUGUUCUGAAAACAGGAGGUGAGUUCUUGGCCACAGAUUGGCCCCGUGGCCAAUGACGCACUCAAGUAGACAAUUAAGGUACUUUAAAACCCCGUAGUGCCCAACUGCUGCAAUUUGCAUCAACAGCGAUACUCACAACUCGCUCAGAUCUAAACACAGGUAUGAUUGAAAGUCUACUUUUAUAUUUAGUAUUGCUUUAACUUCUCAAGGCCAUCUGUGUCUCUGAGACUCACUGGUAAUCAGAUUUCCACUUAACUCUAAUGGCAAAAGAAUAAACGCUGCUUGUAAGUUGAGCUUUACCUGACAUAAGUUGCGUCAUUGUUUUGCAUCAAUUUAAUGCCGACAUUUGCCAAAAAUACAAAAAUGAGUUUUGCAGUACAAUUUAUGUACCUAUGUGUGAGUUUAAAGCUGUUUUCCCUCGUGUACUUCAGUCAGGUCAGCGUAUUUUUCCCUCGCUAACUGUGAAAACACCAGCAUGUUAGCUGAACCAGUCACAAAUCUGCUCAGUCUGACACACACGGACUUAAAAUGUUUUUAAACAGAGUCAGCAGAUCAAGACUGGAACAUCAGUUUGCUCUCACAUUAGUGGUAUUGCUUUCAGUGCUUAAAGGGAAAAAAAAACUUGUAUCUUCACACUUUAACCGCCUCAGUUACUGAUAAAGAUCCUUAAUGCACUUCUGUUUUCUAUGCAGAUGACAUCGUGCUUUACCUAAGGCUACGUCCACACCAUCGUUUUCUCUGUUUUGGCCUCCCGUCCACACAUUGCUGCCCGCAGUGGGUGUGGUGCAGCACACUGGCAGAGAGAAAAGUUCAAAAGCAUGAUUGCACUUCACUAGAGGUGAAAUUGGAAAGUACUUGUCGCCACAAGUCUUUUGCCUUUAAAGGCAAAAACAUGAGCAGCCUAUCAAAACGUUUAGCAGAAGUCCAUCACACAUGGAUACAUUUUCAGUUUUCGUUUUGUAUUUCAUUUGGAAUUGCUCCAGGUGUGUUAUACCAGCAGCCUGAGGCACGCAUACCACUAACUAAAUGAUCAGUUAUCUAAUAUAUAAACGUGAUGACUGAUUAAAAGCCUUAAAGGUCUUAAAGGUGUGUACAUUCUUAAACUCUUGAGAUGCUGAAACCAUCAUCUGAUCUGCUGCUCAGAAAUUACCAUUAUCAGUUUUGGAUCAUUUGGUGGUUGGAAGUAAUGAUAAAAAUACUGGAUUGAUGAGCAGUACUCCUAAGAUUUGUAGUGGUGCCCGUCCCUCUUAAAGAUGGAGAGGCCUGGGGGAAUGCAACUAUCAGGCAGGGUCUAGAGCACAUGUGUCGAACUCCAGGCCUCGAGGGCCGGUGUCCUGCAGGUUUUAGAUGUGUCCUUGAUCCAACACAGCUGAUUUUAAAUUGCUAAAUGACCUCCUCAACAUGUCUUGAAGUUCUGCAGAGGCCUGGUAAUGAGCUAAUCAUUUGAUUCAGGUGUGUUGACCCAGGGUGAGAUCUAAAACCUGCAGGACACCAGCCAUCAAGGCCUGGAGUCCAACACCUCUGGUCUAGAGAAAUUGGUUGCAGUAGCUGGGAAACAGCUUGACAGUGGAUCCAGAAAUACUGAUCUAUUGAUAUGUGGGAAAGUGUAGAACAAGACUCAUUUGUGUUUCCUAUUAUAGUUUGCUACAGAAGUGAUGAAUCAGGAGUGGAAAGUGGACACUUCCUUCCCCCAAUUUGUUUCCCAGAACACACUUCAUCUUUAAUACGUCGUAAUACCUUUAAUUCUUUGCUCACUAUGUACUUAACUGUGAAACAGGAUGCUCACUUUUUGGCAG